AAUAUAUAUUUUUUCCACUUUCAAAAACAAAAACCAAAACCAAAAGAAAAGUAAUUGGGUUUUCUUCUCUUCUCUAGGGUUUUUGGUUCGAACAGGUCUGUGUAUUCAAAUUCAAUCUCAAAGUUGGAGGAGCUCAAAGCUUAGCUUUUCAAUUCAUCUCUCUCGCACCUCUUUCAUUGGUGUGGGACAUCUCUGUCAGGCAGCUCAGGCUAUUCAGAGGGAAGAAAAAGCUAAGACGGGUUAAGGAAUGUUUUUUAGAAAUAUAGGGCUUCCUGCGUGGCAUGUAAAAUCUCGUUAAAUAGCAGGAUGAGCAACGACGAAUUUAAUGGACAGAUAUUAGCUGAGAAAUUAUCGAAACUCAACAAUUCGCAACAAAGCAUUGAGUCUUUGUCCCGUUGGUGUGUUACUCACCGGAAGAAGGCAAAACAAAUUGUUGAAACAUGGGAUAAGCUUUUCAACUCUUCUCAGAGAGAGCAGCGUGUUUCUUUUCUGUAUUUGGCUAAUGACAUUUUGCAAAAUAGUAGGCGAAAGGGCAGUGAGUUUGUGAAUGAAUUUUGGAAAGUUCUUCCUGCCGCUCUCAAGCUUGUUUACGAAAAUGGUGAUGAGCAUGGAAAGAAAGUGGUAACCAGACUGGUUGACAUAUGGGAAGAAAGGAAGGUUUUUGGUUCUCGAGGGCGGAGUCUUAAAGAUGAAAUGCUGGCUAAGAACCCUCCUCCUCUGUCUGUGAGCAAUGGAAAGAGUUCAAAUCUUAUCAAGAUAGUGAAGAGGGAUGCAAACUCUGUUAGAAUUAAAUUGGCUGUUGGAGGUCUUCCAGAGAAAAUACUGACCGCAUUUCAAUCUGUACUUGAUGAACAUUCAACUGAAGAAGCUACGUUUAGCAAGUGUAGUGCUUCUAUACGUCAUGUGGGUAAAAUUGAGGAAGUUGUUGAAAGUAACUUAAUACAAGGAAAUCAGCAAGGAGCUUCUGUGGUGGAUGAGCUGCAAGAACAGGAAAAUAUACUUCAGCAAUGUGUUGGACAACUUGAGAGUGCAGAGGCAACUAGGACUGCCUUGAUUUCCCAACUUAAAGAAGCACUUCAGGACCAAGAAUCAAUGCUGGAGUAUAUUCGCAGUCAGUUGCAAGUUGCCCGGGGCCAGAUUGAGCAGGCAAGUAAUGUGAGGAAGAGGCUAGCAUCACCCCCUAUUCCUAGUACUCUGACCAGCACCAUGAACGCUACAACAGAGGCAACAAGGGUUGUAGAGCACAAUAUGCCUCAGCCUGUGGCUCCUUUUGUGCCACUCAGAAAUUCUGAAGAUGAGAACAAGAAAGCAGCUGCUGCCGCUGUUGCUGCUAAGCUUGCUGCCUCUGCAUCCUCUGCACAGAUGCUUACAUCUGUUCUUUCUUCCCUUGUUGCAGAAGAAGCUGCCUCCAUGAAUGGAAGCAUAAUUUCAACUGGAUUUAGUUCAGGGCUACCAAUGUUCUCUCCAGAAAAACGGCCCAAACUUGAGAAAUCACUGCCUGUUUCUGAUGUUAGCAGUUCUGAUGUCAGCAGCACAACCUAUUUUACCCCUCUACAACAACAAUCUCUGACUAAUGUGCCACCAGCACCAUCUACUAGCAUGCAACCCAUUUCCCAAGCCAACCAGAUGCAAAGUCCCUUUGCUGCUCUACCACCACCGCCACCUCCACCACCACCUUUAUCUCCUGCAACACCACCUACGAGUCAGUAUGUCCAAUCUGCUGGUAUGGUUGUGAUGCCUUAUGGGUAUGGAGCAAAUACUCUACCACCUCCACCUCCUCUUCCUCCACAUGUUUCAAUGAGUAUGGCAAGGCCUGGUCCCCAGCCAUCAGGACAGCAACAGCAACAGUCAGCUACUGGAGGAUUUUAUCGGCCACCAGGUAUUGGGUUCUAUGGGCAAGGUCAUCAGCCAACAACACCUCCAGUUCAUCGACAGUGAGUUUCCAUUAAAAUCAUUGGACUAGAGGUAUGGUAUUCUGUGGGGCCUCUGGAAACGUGUAUUAUGGGCACAGGCAUCAGUGCCAAAACCUUGGCUGUAAGUUCCUCCUGAAAUCACAUAGGCUAUAGUGUCUUUGCAGAGGCACUGUGUUAUUAUGUAAAGUAUUAGAAAUUUAGUGAUUUUUCUAGAUUUUAUUUGAAUGCCUGCUGAACUCAUUUCCCCAAUCCCAUUAGUGCAUGGGAUCCUUUGAUGCCUCCCAUACUGGUAAAGAAGUUAUGUGACAGCGAUACUUCAAUUGUAGAUGUUUUCUAGUACUUGCUGCAGUGUACCUUCUCUGACUGCAUAAGCAGCGAGGCUAUGAGCAACAAAGAACCUGACUGGAGUUUCACUAAUGUGUGCAUGCUAAACAAAAUUGCAUGGGCUUUUGUACUCUUAUUGGGAUGGGACCUAUUUAAGCUGCGUCCAGGAAGCUGUGACUAAUUAAAUGUUCCUAUCGACCCUUGUCAGUCAUCAGCUUUCUUGGAUGGAGCCUCUGGGAAAUUAUCUUGUAGACUUCAUCUUUGAUAUGAGCAUGCUCAGUUUGGCUGCAUCAAGAGAAAUUGAUAUGAGUAAAAUGGUAGCUACUGUAAUUAUAAUGCUAAAUUUUCUCUUAAAAGGGGAAGAAAAACUAUACUUUUUUUAGUGCA